AUGUCUAGAAUAUUAAAUCAUCGAAUGAGAUCUAGUCUAAGAAGGCCCUCUUCAUGGUCUUGUGUAGACAAACGAGCUGUCGCUUUCUCUGUAUGGACUGGGCGUAGUGUACUUUUACACAAGCCACUAGACAGUUACCAGAUUCCAAGACGAAGAUAUGGCAUGCUUAUUGCCCGGGCAGUUCGAGGGGUGUUAAAAAUCAGAUAUUUAUUACUAGGAGGCGCUGUUGGAGGAGGAAUGACUUUAAAUAAGAAAUAUGUGGAAUGGAAAGAUGGACUUCCAGAAAUGGGAUGGUUGAAUGAUUUAUUGCCAGAUAAUGAACAAUGGGAUAAAUUCACCACAACACUCUUAGAUGCUAAAGAAAAAAUUGGGGAUCAGUUUCAAAUUGAUCCGAGGUUGCGAGAGGCUGGUGCAGUCAGGGCUGCAGAACUCCGGGAGUGGCUGGCACAAAGAUAUGAAGAUGCAGUGGCUGCUGCUGCUGUUAAAAAUGCUACCAGCAGUAUUGAACCAGCCCCUAAAAUAGUCAACAAUUUACAAAGUCGACCAGCACCAAUGUCAGCUAAAUCAAACGCCGACGAAACUGCUGCCUAUGAGCGCCGCGUUCACGCUUUGCAAGAGGAAGUGCUAUCACUACAGGCACGUUAUCAGCGCGAGUUACAAAGACUGGAGCAAGAAAAUAGAGAACUCAGACAACAAAAUAUGUUGUUGAGGCAAGGCAGACAACCAUCAACUAAAAAGAUGAAACGUUCCCUAAUUGAUAUGUACUCAUCUGUCUUGGAUGAGUUGGCCGACUGGGAUUCUGGUGAAGCAGGCAGAUUGCCUAGAGUAGUUGUGGUAGGUGAUCAGUCUGCUGGCAAGACUUCAGUUCUGGAGAUGCUGGCUCAGGCCAGGAUUUUUCCUAGGGGAGCUGGAGAAAUGUGUACCAGAGCACCGGUAAAAGUAACAUUGUCGGAAGGGCCUUACCACGUGGCGCAGUUCAACGACUCGUCUCGCGAAUUCGAUCUCAAUAAGGAAGCCGAUCUUGCUGAUCUACGAAAAGAAGUUGAGCUGCGUAUGCGCAAUAGCGUUCGUGGUGGUCGUACAGUGUCCAACCAACAGAUCGCCAUGUCUGUGAAGGGACCUGGUAUACCCCGUAUGGUGUUGGUUGAUUUACCCGGAGUUAUAUCUACUCAAACGGUGGAUAUGGCAUCUGAUACCCGAGAGGCGAUCAAAGAAAUGACCAAGCAGUACAUGGACAAUCCUAAUGCUAUUAUACUCUGUAUACAGGAUGGCUCAGUUGACGCCGAACGAAGCAAUGUGACCGACUUAGUAUCAUCCUGUGAUCCGUCUGGAAAGAGGACUAUCUUUGUUCUCACGAAGGUUGACCUUGCUGAAGAGAAUUUGGCUAACCCCAAUAGAAUUCGACGUAUUUUGGAAGGAAAAUUGUUCCCAAUGAAGGCACUCGGAUACUACGCGGUGGUGACUGGCCGAAGCAGGAAGGAUGACUCCAUACAGAGCAUCCGCGAAUACGAAGAGAGAUUCUUCAGAUCUUCUAAAUUAUUUAAAGAUGGAAUGGUUGCGGCCGGUCAAGUGACUACCCGCAAUUUGGCGUUGGGCGUGGCCGAGUGCUUCUGGAGGAUGGUGAGAGACUCUGUGGAACAGCAAGCGGAUGCGUUCAAAGCGAUGCGAUUUAAUCUAGAGAGCGAAUGGAAGAAUACGUUCCCACGCCAACGUGAACUGGACCGUGAUGAGUUGUUCGAACGUGCGCGUGCAGAAUUGCUAGACAAGUCUGCAGAAUUGUCAGGUGUUCCAGCCGCAGCCUGGGAAGCCCGGCUCCAAAAAGCCUUGUGGGCCGCUGCCGCGCAGAGAAUAUUUGCUGGGAUAUAUCUACCAGCAGCAGCGAAUGCUAGUGAAGAUGUUGAUAUGCAUGUUCUACUUCAAGUCAAAUACAAGCAUCCGAAAAGUGGUGAUACUUCGCAAAUAUGGCUUGACCCCUUUGAUAUUGAUUUUAAUAAAUUCAAUACAUCAGUGGACAUUAAACUUCGGGAAUGGGCGGAAAAUGAACUGGCAACCCUCUCCAUACAAGCUGGGCGACAGGCGUUACGCGAGGAGUUCAGUGAACUUAUGUCCAAAUCCUCUGAUUCCGACGCUAUCUAUGAACCAGUGAAGAAGGCUGCUGUGGAUGAAGCCUUAUCUAGACAUCAGUGGGAAGAAAGGGCUCAGGACGUCCUGCGUGUACUGCAAGUAAAUGCGCUUCAAGAUAGGUGCGUGGCUUCGCGUGGUGAGUGGGACUCGGCUGUAUCUCUUAUGGAAGACGCUCUCAAGGAGCGACUUAAGUCCACCGAAGAAGACCUCAAGUCACUUGCAGGUCCUGGUUUCCGAGAGCGCUGGCUGUAUUGGCAAUCGAGUAGCGAAGAACAGAACAGACGUAGUGAAGUGAAAUCGGAGUUGGAGCGCCUCGGGUCUAGCAGGCCCAAUCUCUCGUACGAUGAAGUGGUAGCUGUGAGGGAUAAUUUGAGGCGGCGAGGCGUCGACACCGAUAAUGAGUAUAUACGGGAGACAUGGAAACCUAUUUAUUUAAAACAAUUCCUACAACGUGCAUUAUCACGAGCGAGGGACUGUCGCAAGAGUUUCUAUCUGUACACGCAACAGAAUGGUACUGGGAAGGAAUGCUGUGAAGUAGUGAUGUUCUGGCGGGUUCAAAGCGCACUGCGGACUACGGCGAAUGCUUUAAGGCAACAAAUUGGGAAUCGGGAGGCUGGUCGACUGGACCGGGAACUGAGGGAGGUUCUGGACGAGAUGUCGUCUGAUGCAGAUAUGAAGAAAAAACUACUCUCUGGUAGACGAGUUGAACUCGCUGAAGAAUUGAAACGCGUGCGACAUGUUCAAGAGAAACUGGAGGAAUUUAUUGAAGCGUUAAACAAAGAGAAAUAA